ACUGACUAUCUGCAGCAUGGAAAAGGUCGUUUGGAUAAAUGGUAUCGGCUUGCCAAAGAGAAAGGUUACAGAGCCCGUGCUGCCUUCAAGUUGAUUCAAUUGAACCAAAAGUAUGGAUUCUUGGAGAAGAGCAGAGUCUGUAUUGAUCUUUGCGCUGCGCCUGGUUCAUGGUGCCAAGUCGCUGCAGAGUACAUGCCAGCGCAGAGUUUGAUUAUUGGUGUCGAUCUCUCGCCUAUCAAGCCCAUCCCCCGAGCUAUUACUUUCCAGAGCGAUAUCACAACGGAUAAAUGUCGCGCAACAAUUCGAUCCCACAUCAAGCACUGGAAAGCCGAUGUCGUGCUUCACGACGGUGCCCCCAACGUUGGUGCCGCUUGGGUGCAGGAUGCUUUCUCACAGGCAGAACUUGUUUUGGAGUCCCUGAGACUGGCUACUGAUUUCUUGGGCGAGGGCGGCGUCUUCGUGACAAAGGUUUUCCGGUCCAAAGACUACAAUCCUCUGCUGUGGGUUUUCAAGCAGCUGUUCAAUUCCGUCGAAGCAACCAAGCCUCCUUCGUCCCGAAACGUUUCCGCUGAGAUUUUCGUCGUCUGCCGUGGAUACAAGGCGCCCAAGCGCAUUGACCCGAAGUUCCUCGACCCGAAGUACGUCUUCGCCGAACUUUCCGCUCCCACUCCCAAUUAUGAAGCGAAGGUCUUCAACCCAGAAGUGAAGAAGCGCAAACGUGAAGGUUAUGAAGAAGGAGAUUACACUCAACACAAAGAGCUUCCGGUGACGGAAUUCAUCAAUACCACGGAUCCCAUCUCCAUUUUGGGUGGCUACAACAAACUUAGCUUCCAGCAACCGCCCGGGGGAGAUCUAGCAUUAUCCACGCUGGACCGUUUGGAGGAAACGACAGACGAGAUCCGAACUUGUUGUGAGGAUUUGAAAGUCCUGGGAAAGAAGGAGUUCCGUAACUUGCUCAGAUGGCGCAUCAAAUGUCGCGAGAAGUUCGGACUCGUCAUUAAGAAGAAGCCUACACAAGAAGGCGAGACAGAAGAAGUCGCUGAAGUGGCUCCUAUGGACGAAGAGCUGCAGCUUCAGGAAGACUUGAUUCGGUUGCGGGAGCAGCAAACCACCAAAGGCAAGAAGGAAAGACGCAAGCAAAAUGAGAAGAAGCGCAAAGAUAUCAUUCGAAUGCAGAUGAACAUGACCACGCCCAUGGAUAUUGGUAUGGAGCAGCUUGGCAUGGGAGGCGACGAUACUACGUUCAGUCUCAGACGCGUCGACCGCGAGAAUGCCAGAGACGCAGUCGUCAAUGCUCGCGAUCUCCCGGCUGAAAGCGAGAGCGAGGAAGAAGUCGACUCUGGCAGCGAAGAAAGCGAUGACGAGGAGGAUCGCCUUGAAAGAGAACUUGACGCUAUGUACGAGCAGUACACCGGCCGCAAGGAAGACAAAGAUUCCAAAUUGCGUGCCAAGAAGACACGCAAGCAAUAUGAGGCCGACGCAUGGGAGGGCUUCUCUGACAAAGAGAAAGCCGAUAGUGACGACGAAGAGGAGGAGGCAGAUUCAGACGAGGAAUCCACCCCUGCAGUUAAAGCACUUCCUGAGAAGCUUUCAAACAAUGCUUCUCUGUUCUUUGAUCAAGACAUUUUCGAAGGUUUAGACGGCGAAGACGAGGAAGAAGUGGAAGAGGAGCAGGAAGUGGAAGAGGAGCAAGAUGACGAAAGCGAUAACAUCUUUGCAAUGGAUGAAGAUGAGGAGGACCCCGAAGAGGAGGCACCCGCGCCCAAGCAAAAGAGCAAGAAGGAGGCAAAGAAGGACGCGAAGCAGGACGCAAAGAAGAACGCCACGAAGGAGUCUGAGUGGGUCGACGACUCCGAUGACAGCGAACAAGAAGACUUCACCGCAGAUCCCCGCAAAGCGAAUGGCCAGCUAGACAUCGAUAUCAUCACUGCAGAAGCUAUGGCUCUUGCGCACUCAAUGGCUACUGGAGAGAAGAAGAAGGGCGAUAUCGUUGACGAUGGCUUCAACCGAUUUGCCUUCCGCGACGUUGACGGCCUCCCUGAAUGGUUCAUCGACGACGAGGGCAAACACAGCAACCCUGUUCGACCCACCACCAAGGCUGCUGCGCUCGCCAUCAGAGAGAAGAUGCGUGCCAUCAACGCACGACCCAUCAAAAAGGUUAUGGAAGCCAAGGGACGCAAGAAGUACAAGGCGGCCCAAAGACUGGAGAAGCUGCGCAAGAAGUCUGCACUUCUGGCUGAAGAUGACGCACUCAGUGAGCGUGAUAAGGCCGGUGCCAUCGCAAGAUUGAUGAGCAGAGCCACCAAGAAGAAGCCCAAGCAGGAAGUCAAGCUCGUCGUCGCCAAGGGCCCCAACCGUGGUAUCUCUGGUCGUCCCAAGGGUGUCAAGGGCAAGUACAAGAUUGUCGACGCUCGUAUGAAGAAGGAUGUUCGCGCAGAGAAGAGACUGGCAAAGAAGAAGGCCGGAAAGAAAUAG